ACUGAGGAUCCCGGGAGUUGUAGUUUUUGAUAGUUUAUAUAGUCCUUUAUCGAAAAGAACAAGCUAGUCUCAACAAGUUAUUCCGUAGAUAGUUAAAGGAAACAUCGCUUUCUUUGAUACUGUUAUUACCCAGGCUGUACAAACAGGUGUCUACAUGAUAUCGCCAUUUAAUGAGUUAGGUGGUUGACGUACAGGGUCGCCAAUGAGCUAGCUGGUUAGCAUAGCCUUUAAAGUACCGUUUGUAGUUGCUAAGCGACCUGUAUCCAGGGGCAGCAGAGAUCCAGCUAGCAUCGAGAGCACGAUUUGUUAGUUACUUUUGAUCAGCUACUAAUUAGAAAUAGAGAGAGAAGACCAACAUUAGUGAUUAGAUCGACCGAACAGCGACUAAUGGUGUUAACAAACUCUAUCCAAGUGUAAUGAAAUGGUUAAACGUAACCGUUUUCAGUGCAAAGCAAGUUGUUAAGUUUGUAUAAUGCUAACUACCCGGAGCAAACACCGAUUAAUGACAUUCACAUGUCCUAAUCAGACCAAAUUGGCUGACUGUAAGUGUUUACAUUGAAAAGCAGGAGUUAAGUUUUGCAGUUACCGUAACGUUAAGUUUACAGGAAACACUUACGCUGAGCAGCAUCGGAGAGAGCACGAAAACUUUUACAGUCCUCGUCAGUGAGAUAAUCGAGUGGAGCUCCAGAUCUGGACCAGGGCCCUCACAGACCCUUGGGUGAUCACCAAAUUUGAACACAAUUGUUUAUGAGCUCAAUUGGGUUUCAGCGUAAACGACACUCCUACUCGGGUUACGCUCCUCCGUCAGAUGGCGGUCUGCCUGGCUGAGCUGCACUUGUGGUCCACCAAGAGCUCACUCCAAGUCAGAGAUACAGAUAUUGGCACCUAUCAGUACUAUGAUAAAGGAGAGCCAGUCAUUUCCUUGGAGCAUCACUACUACAAUGAGAAAAUCCAGUUCUGUGAUGCUCGAGGCUAUUCAUGGACCCCCAGGAACCGCCGACCAGAGAAGCUACGCGAUUCGCUGAAGGAGUUUGAGGAACUGUUGCAAACCAACACCUGUGUUCACACCAGAUGGAGAAACAAGCGUUGCUGCCAGCUGAUCCUGAGCAGUGGAGUACUGGUGACCCUGAACCUAAAUGGACCUCAACUUGAACAAGUGUGUGUAGACCGCACAUUAGUGGGCCGACUACCAGCCAACACCGCCACUGAUGCGGUGCUGAGCGAUAGGCUGAUUCUGCUCUCCUUCCUGGAGCAGAGCCAAGUGGCUGCAGUCCACCUCAACAGAAAGAACCAGGACUCCCCAGAGAGUGGCAGGCGAACAGACAAACUCUCACCCUCUGAAAUCAAGGUGUCGUGUGUUGAAGUGAGCGGAUGGGGUCGUAGGCUUCACAGACGUGUGGGUCUCAACCGUAUCCAGGAUGUGGUGCUCUGCUGGUGGAACCUGGAUGAGUCCAGUGAGGAGCUGUGGCCCUGGGCUCCCACAAACACGCACAGGAAUAACCUGGUCCUCCUCAGCUGUUCACCUACUGAAGGCCUCAAGGUCCUUAGCUCUGUCCGGACAGAAGGCAAUCUCCUGGACUGCGGCUUCAGCCUGCUCCAGCCCUACCAGCUGCUAACAGUGGAGCUACCUGCAUUACCCCAAGGGUCCCGAGAAGGGCCCUGGGCUGACACCUGUGUGUAUGAAUGUGCUCGAGGGCGCCUGCACCGCCUGUCUGUCACCCGCAUCCCGCUGCCAUCCUGGCCCAUUUCCUGCUCACGUCACCCCUCUGAAACCACACUCCUCAUGGGUUUAAGUGACUCCAUCUUGGUCCUGUACGACCAGCGACGGGGGGUCUCUCUCCUGGCCUCCUGCCCUGCGCCACCCAACGUCCUCACCUGGCACCCUGCUGGGGCUGUGGUCAUGGUAGGGGGAGGCCAGGGAGAGCUGAUGUGCUUUGAUGUGGGCUUGGCACCUGUGAACAUGGCACUGGUAGAAGAGGAGGUAGCUUCAGCUGCCACACUAAGACUAUCUCAGCACCUGCGCUGCUCUGGAGGCCUCGAGGGACUGCAGUGGGGGACAGGCCUGGAAGGUGGUCCGGAGGGGACAGAUAUGCUGAUGUUGGCCUUUCAUGGGGGACCACUAGCAGCCUUGAGAUUCAGACUAGGGGCUCUGACUGGGGGCCAGAUGGGUCCAGGGGAGUGGCUGCAGCAGCGGCUGCUCUGUGGCCAGGUCAGGGAGGCUCUGGGCAUCCUGGAGGCCAUGGACUGGAGCGUCAUGGGAGAUGAAUGCUACCGAGGCCUGAGCUCAGUCACCAACCACCUGCUGAGGCUGGAGCUGAACUUAGAGAGAGAGGCCCAACUAGAAGCAGCCCUGGGUGUGUUUUAUGCUCCACCUGCCCCUUUAUCUGAUACGGUGAUACUGGAGUACAGGGAGCCAAUCAGCAAGUACGCCCGCCGCUUUUUUCACCACCUCCUCAGACACCAGCGCUUUGAGAAGGCCUUCCUCCUCGCUGUAGAUUUGGAAGCCAGAGAUUUAUUCAUGGACCUCCAUUAUGUUGCCAGCGAUAAGGGCGAGGUGGUGCUAGCGGAUGUGGCCAGGAGGAAAGCUAAUGAAAUGGAGGCCCAGGCCAUCGCAGGCAACGAUCUUCCGAGAGGCAGAAACAGUGUGUGCGGUUCCAGCCUCGGCGACAGACGGACCGAGAAGAACCAAAGUGCAACAGGACCGUCGUACUUGGGCACUCCCACAACACAUGUCGACGGUAGAGCCAGUCAGAGGAGACUACAAGCAGAGAGCAUACGUGUGACCGUGAGCCCAGAUGUGUUCAGGACGCUGAGACAAACAGGAGGCAGUGAAGGUGACAGAGACGGUGUGAAUGAAGACGACGACCCCGGGAUGCUUCAUGUGGUCCACUUAGGAAUGGUUUGAAAAAGCUAACUGAUACACGAUAAGAGAUACAAUCAGAACCACUCAUGCAAAAACGGUCCAGCACAGGUUCCAGUUCAUUUCCUGGACAAGUGUGAGCAAAAUGUCAACAGUUUCCAGUCCACCCACUCCCAGACACCUUCACCGGAGCGGGCGAGAGGCCAAAAGGUCAACAGCUGACAACAGGGGACGCGCUGCGAUCGAUCGGCCUAUUGAACGGAGUAUGAAAGCGUCAGACCCUGAGCUCAGGUUAAACCAACACUGAUCACACAACGGUUUAAAUGAUGAACUGGUUCAAUAAUGUCCUUUUUUCAUUAAAUAUCAGAUAUCAGUCAGUUGUGAUGGACUUUCCUUGAAUGCAGCUGAAGGAAAACUGAUGGGAAAUCCUGUGGCGAUAUCGAUUUUGAAUUUUUUUUCCAAUCUUGGCUCCUUAUUUUAAGGCUUUAAGCGUCCCUGUCAGUGUCUUACGGACCUUACCAAUCCUUUGCAAUAACAACAUUUUAGUAAAAGAAAUGAUUACGUGCGGUUUUGUUUUAAGAAAAUGGUCAAAUGUUGAAGUUUUUCAAUAUGGGUUCCGAGUCAGUUUGCUUAAAAAUACAGGGAUCUCGAAAAUGCGUGCUGGAUGAACCCUUAAAUGUGGACUUAAACUGUUUCCAAAGAAUUUAGACCGAUCACCAAAAUAAAAAGGUGUGAGAGAAACUAUUGGACUCAAUUGCGUCGUCAACUCAAUCACUCGUAAACCUUUCCCAAGUCAAAGGAGGAUUUUUGGUUCUCCCUUCAU